AUGAAAAAGACCGGAUUGGUAGUUCUACCUGUUUUUCACUAUGUAGAUCCUAGUGAUGUGCGGAAUCAUAGGGGGACUUUUGCAGAAGCCUUUGAUAAACACGAAGAGAGUUUCAAGGAUAACAUGAGAAAUAUAGAAACGUGGAAAGCUGCUCUAACAAAAGUUGCCGAUCUUGCCGGAUGGGAUUUAAAGGAUAAGUAUGAAUCAAAAGUUAUCCAAGAAAUCAUUGGAAGGAUAUGCACUGAGUUGUAUCACAAAUUCUCAAGUGUUUAUGAGAACCUUGUUGGAAUGGACUCAUGUGUGGAGGAAAUGUUGGGUUCAUACUUAGGUGAAGGGUUGGGUGAUGUUCGCUUUGUUGGGAUAUGCGGGAUGGGUGGAAUGGGCAAAACAACUCUUCCACAAGAAAUUUAUAGAAGAAUUUCAGGAAACUUUGAAGCUAGUAGCUUUAUUGCUAAUAUUAGAGAAGAAACUAAAAAUCAAGGUCUAGUUUCUUUACAAAAACAACUUCUUUCUAUGAUCCUCAUGGAAAGUGAAAUAAAAAUAUGGAAUGUUUAUGAGGGAAUCGAUGUUAUAAGGAAUACACUACAUAAUAAAAAGGUUUUUAUUGUUCUUGAUGAUGUGGAUGGAGAACAAAAAUUAGGAGCAUUAGCAGGGAAAUAUGAUUGGUUUGGUGCGGGGAGUAGAAUCAUUGUAACAAGCAGAGAUAGUCAAAUAUUAAUAAGUUGUGGUGUGAAAGAUAUAUAUACAUCCAAGGGGUUGAGUGACAAUGAUGCUUUGAAGCUUUUUACUUGGAAAGCUUUCCAUAAACCUCAUCCUGAAGAAAAUUUUGUAACUUUGUCUAAGGACUUUGUGAAUUAUGCUAAAGGCCUUCCUUUAGCUCUUAAAGUUUUAGGUUCUUUGUUGUUUGAUAAAAAAAUGGAUGAAUGGAAAAAUUACAAUAUUGGUGUUCUUAUAAAAAAAUCUCUCAUAACCAUUAAUGAAAAUGGUGCUUUAGGGAUGCAUGAUUUGCUACAAGAUAUGGGUCAAGAAAUCAUUCGUCGCGAAUCCCCUAGAGAGCCUAGUGGACGUAGUAGGUUGUGGAUUUAUGAGGAUGUCAUUCGUGUAUUGAAGAAUAAUACUGGAACAGAGGCAGUUGAAGGCAUAAUGCUCAAAUUUCCUAUUCAAAAAAUGGAACACUUGCGUGCUGAAGCCUUCUCAAAGAUGAAAAAUUUGAGAUUGCUUAAAAUUGGUAAUGAGAAAUUUCCACAAGACUUCAUAAAUGGUACUAUGCAACUUCCAAAAGACCUCAAUAGGGGUAAGACAAACUUGUUGAAUUGA